AUGUAUAACACGAACCCUGGCGCAUACGAGAUCUGCGGAGUGUACGUCCGCGGGAGACCGCAGAAGGAUGAGGCCAGUGGCCUCCUGCGACAGUGCGGGGUCGACUGCAAGUCCACCAACCUUGUGAAAAGGAUUGAUAGCGGCGCCCUCGUAGCCGCCAUGACCGGCACAACCAUUGUCCGUGUAGACGGCAAGAACACAGCUGUCAAGUGCACCCCCGGCGACUGCACUGGCUCCGGCUGCAAUGUCCUCGUCGCGGUUGACCAAGCCAAGCUUGUCUUCAACAGUUCCCACCGGGUGAGCGUCGACAAUUCUAGCUCCGAGAUCACAAUGUAUCGUGGAGGAAUCGUCUCAGACUGCGCCAACUGCAUGCUCAGCGGUGUUCCCUGUCCCCUCCGCAUGCCCAAGGUGGAGCCUGAGAGCCACCAUAACAAGGACACUCCGGCUGACAAGACGACCAAGGGCACUGGUCGUGUGACGAGCAACGAGGCCGAGGUGCCGGCAGGCGUCCCGGGACCCAACUCGCCCCGCUCUGCCACGUCCGUUUCCUCCGACAGCCAUGUCAAGGAUUGCACGACCUGCCAGCCCACACCCCGCUCUCUCACACCCGUCCUCGCCGAGAACGUGAUCAUGCGCGCUACUCCCAUAUCGCCCCAGCCACCCUCUGGCUCGCCCCGCCAGCCCACACCAGUCGCCAACAGCGUCAUCAACCGCGCUACGGUCCUCGCCUUCACUGACCGCCUACACUCUCAUGCCCGUCGCCUGCUCGGAAUGUACGACAAUGCGGCCAACAAGAAGGCGGUCAGCGAGGCCGCGGAGGCCGUGUACACCGCUGCACGUGAAAUCCGCGGCCCUGAGCAGCCUACGCGCAAGGACGCGCUCGAUGCCCACGACGCGCUACAUGCGCUCGCCCGCCGUAUGCUGGGAGACGACGCGGACGGGUCCGAGGAGGUGUUCGAGGCUGCCAAGGCGAUCCGCGAGGUGCUCAAGGUCAGCGGCGGCAUUGUGCAAUUUGGCCCGGUCCAGCCUCAGCUCGGCACUGGCCAGCCGCAGUUCGGUGUUAGUCCGGGCCAUCCUGAGUAG